UUGUGUCCAGCAUUGGGUUGGGACUGCAUUUUGACUCUUGUUUGUGGGAGCGGAUCGGAAAUGGGGGGGACAGCUGUAGGACUGGCUCAAUGUGAGGGGAAUGUGGCUGGUUACGAGAACCUGAACGUGUUGAGAAGGUCCUGUCUUUUGCUUUGGCACCAAAAACCCAUUGAAGAAAGAACGGAGAGAGGAAAGGUAGACCUGGCCAGUAAAGAGGGCUCCUGAAAAAGCAAAAAUUGUUGAGGCGGAGCACAUCACGAGAAAGGAGAAAAUGGGCAGAAGCAACCAGCUCAGAGAGUGUGUGUGUGUGUGUGUGUGUGUGUAUCAUACAAAAUGUGUGUGCGUUUGUUAAAGAGUGCUGGAAGCUCAUUACACUAAUGCACUGGUCCCUAAGGGAGUUGGCAAGCUUGGAGUACCCCCCCCCCCCACCUCUCUUUUCAACCCCUCCUCUUCCAGCAAGUGCUACCUUUAUUGCAGAGUCUGGGACCCUUUGCCUACCUUCUUUCUCUCAAAACACACUCACACACAUUUAUGCACCCCCAGCUACCUGCAGGCAUGUCACGCUCCCGUCCCUGCUGCGUAUGACAUGAGAGAACUACAUGUCCUGUGCUCGCUGCUGGAUAUUUCGGAACAGCGCGCAUCAGUUCGAUGAGCAAGAGUUAGAGGGGGUUUGUCACAUCUGCGAGGACGGGGAGACAGGAGACGGGACCAUGGUUAUGUUGAAGAUCUCCGCUUUCCUCCUUGCCUACGCCCUGGUCAUCUGCCAGAUGUACUGCUCACAAGCCGCCCCUGCCAGACCAGGUUUAGAGUCCAUGUCAGACCGAGUCACGCUCACGGACUACGAGGCGCGAAGGUUACUGAACGCCAUUGUCAAGGAGUUUGUGCAGAUGACGGCAGAGGAGCUGGAACAGCAGGCGACCGAGGGAAACAGCAUGGACAGGCCCCUAACCAAGCGCUGUUCCAACCUCAGCACUUGCGUGCUGGGCAAACUGUCUCAGGAGCUGCACAAGUUGCAGACAUUCCCCCGCACGAACGUUGGAGCGGGAACACCCGGCAAGAAGCGCGGUGCUCCUGAGAGGGACAGCUAUGCAAGCUACGGCGAGUCGUUUGACAGCAUCUAAAUCCCUCUCUUCCCUUUCCCCCUCUCUCUCUCUUUAUUUAUCCCCUCUUCUUACCCGUCCCCCUGCCAUCUUCCCCUCUUUAUCCCGGUUUCCUCCUCGUAUUUUCAACUGCAUGCUAAAUUUACCGGCUUGAUGGACAUGAGAAGAACCUGACUUUUUCUUUUUGUACCUCUUUCCCUACUUCUUUUUUUUUUUUUUGAUGGGGGGGCAGAGAAUAAUUUGUUCCUUUAAACUCAGACAAUCAGACCUAAUUUACACGAUUGUAAUUUAAGACAUCAGAUAUCUGUCUCUGUGUAGUGCUAUUGAUGGCAUCUGAAAGCUAGAUCACUUAAUGUAACCAUUUAAUAAAUAAUCCACUCAUGCGACACCAUGUUUGUUGUUCAAUAAACGUAUUUUUCUACCAGGAGACCUUAGCUCAUUUUCGUUUUUAAAAGACACCGACAAAACAAAAGGCAGGGGCGAAAUUAAAAGAAUCAUAACAUAAAUACACUAUAAGACGCCUUGAAAUCUGUCAAAGAAGUCCUCAGCAAGUCCAGAGGUAAGAAAAUAUAUUUGCUGUGCAUCAGUGUUAUUUUCCUUUAAUCUAAAACGUGUGGUGCUGUCAGUCUACGUUGGUGUUAAGUCAUGUAAAGGAAACAUAAUGUCUUGACAUUAACCACCGUUUGCUGUCCUGAAGCAGCGUUACAGCACAGAAGCGAGCCUGCAACACAGCCACGUGCGUGACCCACCGCCUGGCGGACUUCCUCAGCCGAUCGGGGGGAAUGGGCA